GCCAAAUCUUCCGUUCUGAUGCCUAUUAUUACAAGCUGCUGGUUCUUGGUGUUCGUCUGGGUAGUAUGGUGGCUGCCACUGAUGCUCGCCGGGCCUGAGGAUCAGCUAGGGGAAGGCUGCUUGAGCCCGGCCAAGAAGUGCGGCAACCUCACCAUCUCCCGCCCGUUCUGGCUAGCUGAAUUGGGGAUGAGAAGAUCGUGUGGUCCCUUGGAUUUUGAGGUCGGUUGCUUCAACUACAGCACUCCAGUUCUCAAGAGCGCUGGAUUAACUGGCUUUGCAAUUCUCAACAUCUCCUACGAGAAUCGCAGUCUGCGUGUCGUCGAUGUAUACAAGGAGGAAGACUUGAGCCACUCCAAGGGCAGCUGUCGGUUCCCGAGAUGGAACACCUCCGGCAAACUGGCAACCCCGUUUAAGGUCAGCCCCGCCAACCUAAACCUCAUCUUUUACAAGUGCACGAAGACUCCGGCGCAUCGGGGCAGGGCGCUCGUGGAGAUAAGAUGUGGGAACGCGACGCACGCGUUUGUUCGCGCGGGAGUGCCCUACGACGCGACCGGGACCUACGGCGGCUACGCCUUGACGGGCUGCAAUGCCACCGACGUGCCGGUGAUGGGCUCGACGAGCAAGGUGAACGCGAGACACUACAGGCAGCUCAUCAACGGCGGCUUCCUCUUGACAUGGGAGGACCAUCCGACACCUCUCCCUGAACCUGUACCUCUCCCUGCGCCUGCACCUGCACCUGCACGUAAGUUCACCCGCCGAACCAUCUUUUCAUCGAGUUUGUAGCUAAGCUAGGCCAUUCAGUGUCCAUUGCGUAAAUGCGUAGUGCUACUACGUACGUGUGACGUGCCAGAAACUUCGGUUGUGGCAAGCAGAGAAACUGGUGCUCUGAGUAGGCACGUACGUGGCCAUGUCCACCAUUAGAAGUUCGUUAACAAGUUGAACUGGGGUGUCGUACAGAACAACAAGUGGCUUCUAGGGCCAAGAUCCAUUUUGGUCUGGACUAUGAGCUUCUCUACUCUGCCUAAUCUGGACGCUGAACUUCUGCCUAGCCUGAACUCUGAAGUCCGGACCUCACAAGUCUGCACUACGGCUGUAAUGCCUAGGUGUAGAAAUGUGCAACCGAAGGUUAGAAUUUUUCCUUUUUGUUACCAUUACCUGCCAGCUGUGAAGGUCGUAUCUACUCCAUAGCAAACAAGAGAGCAAAGUAA